AUGAGUGCUAAAAAAGCCGCAUCGCUACUACUAGCUAAGUGUAUGCCUUCUGUCAAAGAAAAUGCAUCAAAAUUCACUUUCUCAAAACUGGAAUUGGAUGAAAACCUUCACAUGUACUUUAAGAAGUUAGAAAGUUGUUAUGCCUACGAUCCUGAUAAGAUAUGUAAGACCGGUGAUAUAGUUCUAAUACAGAAAUUGCCUCAAAAAAUGUCCAAACUGAUCACUCACAAAGUACUCAAAGUUGUCUAUCCCCUUGGAGAUGUGGUGGAUCCUAUCAGUGGGAAGAAAGUUGUUGGAUAUAAUUUCAGAGAUGAUAUCUGCGAUGUAAGUGACAUGUAUGGUAAGAACCCUGAAGCCUUUGACUACCAAAAAGCUCCUCCAAGAGGAUGGCAAGAGGGCAAAAAGGACUUUACAGACAAAGAAACUUACUAUAAAUACCAAGAUGAUGAGAACGAUUUCAAUCUGCUGGGCGAGGAAUUAAAAAACAAGAUUCAGAAGAUGGUAGAUAUUCCUGUAAUUCCUGAUGUUGAAGAAUUACAAGAUGAUGAUCAGCUGGGAGAUAUCGCGGAUGCACCUGUUGUCAGCACUAAUGUCCCAUCGCUUUCUGAAUUGAAUGCUGAUUUAAAAAAGCAAUCGCUCUUCAAAUAUUAUGACAACAUAAAUAUGGGAAUUAUUUCAAAGCAUCUCUUCAAAGAAAGUGAGAUCAGAGAGGAAGAUAAUCUGUGGUCUUGGGACUUACUUUUUACUGAAGUCUCUUCAGAACUUAGAUCAGAAUGGGAAAAAAACAAUUCAACUAAACUUUAAUUUUUUAACCUUUAAUUCAUCUUUGUAUUUUUAGUUAUUUAUUUUUAUUAUAAUGUUUUUAGAUAUAUUUAAAAACUCCAUAUAUAUUUGAUUAUAUUUUAGUUAGAUAAAAAUAUAUUAUCAAUUCAUUUUUUUCUAUUUA